UAGUAACGAGGAAGUAGACAAGGUGAAAAAGGUUCUGUCGAUACCGCAAACCUUCUGCAAGAGAGUCGCUACGCAGCUUGAGAAGGAUUAUGAAGAAAUGCAAUCGUGGGACGAUGACGGAUUUUUUAAUAUUCACAGAGCAGUCAUGAACGACGAUUUUAGGCGAGUGAAGAGGCUGAUGGUGGUCCUGAACGCUUCAAAGACGAACAUCGACAUACGCACCGAGGACGGGUUGACUUCUCUCGAGCUAGCGGUCAAAUAUUGCAGUUCUGAGAGCAUAGUGAAGCUCCUACUGGACGCCGGAGCUAAGCCGAUCACCUCAGAACUACUUCACGAAUCGGCAGUAAUUCUAGCUAGCAAAUCGUCGUCCCCGUUGCUACCAUUGCUCUUAGAUUACGUGACGGAGAGCGAACUACUCAAUCAGAUGGAUUCGACAGGUUUCGCCCCAUUGCAUUAUUGCGCGAUGCACGGCAACAUGAACGGAUUGACCAGUCUGAUAUCAAAGGGCGUGGACGUGAACGUGAGGGAUCAUCGUUCGGGUCGAACGCCGUUCUUCCACGCGGUGGAAAAUAAUCACAUGAAGAUCGCUCAGAAAUUAAUACAGAGCGGCGGCAUCGCGGACAUACCGAAUUUCUCAGGACAGUCCGUGAUGUCUUUGGUCUGCGAAGCUAAGCGUUUUCUACUGAUGCCAGUACUGAGGGACAUGAUAUUUCAACUCCCUGCCAGCAAAAAUCGCUCGAACUUUUAGGUGACCUCGAAAUGUAAUAGGAAAUUUUUACGCAAGUUCGCCGUACAAUAUUGAUAUUUUCCAAGCAUAAUUUAUCCGUAUUCGUAAAUCGAAGGCUCAUGAUAAUUGUUACUCAAUUGUACACAAUCAUGAGAUUUGUUAUUAUUAUGUGAAUUAUAAAAUAACGUUCAUCUUGUUGAACAGAUAAAUUUUUUCUAAUCCCAGUCCGAAGAGAUUGUAGUAUCGUUAAAUUGUUAUUAUUUGUUAUUUGUUUUUAUAAUUUAUUAAGCAUAAUUCUGAAAAUUUUCUGUUAGUGUAAUCGUUAUGGAAAUUAUUUGGAAUGAAGAAAGAAGGA